UCGGGUUUGAGCCGCUCUCCUGAGCACCCACCACCACCACCACCACCAUGAGCUGCAACGGAGGGUCCCACCCGCGGAUCAACACCCUGGGCAGGAUGACCCGAGCCGAGUCGGGCCCGGACCUACGCUACGAGAUGACCUGCGGCGGCGGCGGCGGCGGCGGAGGAGGAGGAGGCGGCGGCGGCGUCUGCGGGACCGUCUGCGGAGGCGGGGGGUCCAACAGCAAGAUGUACUACAUGAGGAGGUGCGUCGGGACCGAGCAGAACUCGGACGGAUACUGUCAAACUGGUGGCACCAUGUCCAGACACCAGAACCAGAACACGAUUCAGGAACUCUUGCAGAAUUGUUCAGAUUGUUUAAUGCGUGCUGAGCUGAUAGUACAACCUGAGCUGAAAUAUGGAGAUGGUAUACAGCUUGGUAGGAGCAGAGAAUUGGAUGAGUGUUUUGCUCAGGCCAAUGACCAAAUGGACAUCACUGAUAGCUUGAUCAGAGAGAUGAGACAAAUGGGACAGCCUUGUGAUGCCUAUCAGAAAAGACUGCUUCAACUUCAAGAGCAAAUGAGGGCCCUCUACAAAGCCAUCAGUGGUCCCCGUGUUCGGAAGGCCAGCUCCAAGGGUGGCGGAGGGUACACCUGUCAGAGUGGCUCAGGGUGGGACGAAUACACCAAACGGCUCACCAGUGAAUGUCUGGGGUGGAUGAGACAGCAAAAGGCUGAAAUGGAUAUGGUGACAUGGGGUGUGGAUGCAGCCUCAGUAGAACAGCAAAUCAGCAGUCACAGAAGUGUUCACAAUGCAAUUGGAGACUACCGCUGGCAGCUGGACAAAAUUAAAGCAGACCUGCGUGAAAAGGCUGCAAUCUACCAACUGGAGGAAGAGUAUGAAAACCUGCUGAAAUCCUCUUUUGAAAGGAUGGAUCAUUUACGUCAGCUUCAAAGCAUCAUCCAAGCGACUUCCCGGGAAAUCAUGUGGAUUAACGACUGUGAGGAAGAGGAGCUGCUCUAUGACUGGAGUGACCGGAACACAAACAUAGCCCAGAAACAAGAAGCUUUCUCUGUACGCAUGAGCCAGCUCGAGGUUAAGGAAAAAGAACUAAACAAGCUUAAGCAAGAAAGUGACCAACUUGUCCUGAAUCAGCACCCUGCUUCAGAUAAAAUCGAGGCCUAUAUGGAUACUCUGCAGACUCAGUGGAGUUGGAUUCUUCAGAUUACCAAAUGCAUUGAUGUUCAUCUAAAGGAAAAUUCUGCUUAUUUUCAGUUUUUUGAAGAGGCCCAGUCAACUGAAGCAUAUCUGAAAGGUCUACAGGAUUCCAUCAGGAAGAAGUAUACCUGUGAUAAAAAUAUGUCACUUCAGCGCUUGCUGGAACAGAUCAAGGAACUAGAGAAAGAACGAGAGAAAAUCCUUGAAUAUAAACGCCAGGUGCAGAAUUUAGUAAACAAAUCCAAGAAGAUUGUGCAGCUGAAACCCCGGAACCCAGACUAUAGGAGCAAUAAGCCUAUUAUUCUCAGGGCGCUCUGUGACUACAAACAGGAUCAGAAAAUAGUACACAAAGGAGAUGAGUGCAUUUUGAAAGACAAUAAUGAACGGAGUAAGUGGUAUGUGACUGGCCCAGGCGGCGUGGACAUGCUAGUGCCUUCGGUUGGCCUGAUUAUUCCUCCUCCAAAUCCCCUAGCUGUGGAUCUUUCUUCCAAAAUCGAACAGUAUUAUGAAGCCAUUUUGGCUCUGUGGAAUCAGCUGUACAUCAACAUGAAGAGUCUAGUGUCCUGGCAUUACUGCAUGAUCGACAUUGAGAAAAUCAGGGCAAUGACCAUUGCUAAGCUGAAGACAAUGCGCCAGGAAGAUUACAUGAAAACUAUAUCUGAUCUUGAGGUACAUUACCAAGAAUUCAUCAGGAACAGCCAAGGCUCAGAGAUGUUUGGAGAUGAUGACAAACGGAAAAUACAGACUCAGUUCACUGAUGCUCAGAAGUACUAUCAGACCUUGGUUAUACAGCUGCCAGGUCACCACCAGCACCAAACAGUAACUACAACUGAAAUUACUCAUCUUGGUUCCUGCAAAGACACAAACCACAACCAAGUCAUUGAAACCAGUAGAGAGAAUGACAAGCAGGAAACAUGGAUGCUGCUGGAACUCCAGAAGAUUCGUCGGCAGAUGGAGCACUGUGAGGGUAGGAUGACCCUAAAAAACCCUCUGAUCCCAGAUCAAGGCACUUCUCAUCACAUUACAGUGAAAAUAAAUGAGCUAAAGGGUGUACAGAAUGAUUCGCAAGCAAUUGCUGAAUUCCUCAACCAACUUAAAGACAUGUUAGCCAACUUCAGAGGUUCGGAAAAAUAUUGUUAUUUACAGACUGAGGUAUUUGGAUUGUUUCAGAAACUGGAAAAUAUUAAUGGUGUUACUGAUGGCUACUUAAGUAGCUUAUGUUCAAUUAGAGGAUUACUCCAAGCUAUUCUGCAAACAGAAGAUAUGCUCAAAGUUUAUGAAUCGCGGCUGACUGAAGAGGAAACUGUUUGUCUGGACCUGGAUAAAGUGGAAGCUUACCGCUGUGGUCUGAAGAAAAUGAAGACUGACCUGAACCUGAAGAAGUCAUUGUUGGCCACUAUGAAGACCGAAUUGCAGAAAGCACUGCAGAUUGAUGCCCAGAUUUCCCAGCAGUACCCGCUCUAUGACUUAGAUCUUGGAAAGUUUACAGAAAAAGUCACUCAGCUCUCAGACCGUUGGCAAAGAAUCGAUAAGCAAAUUGAUUAUAGAUUAUGGGACUUGGAGAAACAAAUCAAACAACUGAGAAAUUACCGAGAUAACUACCAGGCCUUCUGCAAGUGGAUCUAUGAUGCCAAGCGUCGCCAGGAUGCCAUUGAAUCCAUGAAAUUUGGAGACUCCAAUACAGUCAUGAGAUUUCUGAAUGAACAGAAGAACUUGCACAGUGAAAUAUCUGGUAAACGAGACAAAUCAGAAGAAGUACAGAAGGUGGCAGAAUUGUGUGCAAAUUCUAUCAAGGAUUAUGAACUUCAGCUUGCCUCAUACACCUCAGGACUGGAAACUCUUCUCAACAUACCCAUCAAGAGGACUAUGGUUCAGUCCCCUUCAGGUGUUAUUCUGCAAGAGGCUGCAGAAAUUCACGCCCGCUACAUAGAACUACUCACAAGAUCUGGAGAUUAUUACCGGUUCUUGAGUGAGAUAUUGAAGAGUAUGGAAGAUCUAAAGCUGAAAAACACCAAAAUUGAAGUCUUAGAAGAGGAGCUCAGACUUGCCAGAGAUGCCAAUUCUGAAAACUGCAACAAGAAUAAGUUCCUGGAUCAAAAUCUGCAGAAGUACCAGGUGGAAUGUUCCCAGUUCAAAGCCAAACUUGUGAGCCUGGAAGAGCUGAAGAGACAAGCUGAGCUGGAUGGCAAAUCUGCUAAGCAAAACCUGGACAAAUGCUAUGGCCAAAUAAAAGAUCUCAAUGACAAGAUAACAAGGCUCACUUAUGAGAUUGAAGAUGAAAAGAGGAAAAGAAAGACUGUGGAAGAUAGAUUUGACCAACAGAAGAACGACUAUGACCAGUUGCAGAAAGCCAGGCAGUGCGAAAAAGAAAACCUCGGCUGGCAGAAAUUAGAAUCUGAGAAAACCAUUAAGGAGAAGGAGUACGAGAUAGAAAGGUUAAGGGUUCUUCUGCAGGAGGAGGGCGUCCGGAAGAGGGAAUAUGAAAAUGAGCUGGCAAAGGUAAGAAACCAGUAUAAUGAGGAGAUGAGUAAUUUAAGGAACAAGUAUGAAACAGAAAUUAACAUAACGAAGACCACAAUCAAGGAGAUAUCCAUGCAAAAGGAGGAGGAUGCCAAAGGCCUAAGAACCCAGCUGGACAGGCUCUCAAGGGAAAACCGUGAUCUCAAAGAUGAAAUUGUCAGGCUGAACGAUAGCAUUUUGCAAGCAACAGAGCAACGAAGGAGGGCUGAAGAAAAUGCUAUGCAGCAAAAAGCCUGUGGGUCUGAGUUCAUGCAGAAGAAGCAACAGCUGGAAAUCGAACUGAAGCAAGUCAUUCAGCAGCGCUCCGAGGACAACAUGAGGCACAAGCAGUCCCUUGAGGAGGCUGCAAAAACCAUUCAGGAUAAAAAUAAAGAGAUUGAGAGAUUAAAAGUUGAGUUUCAGGAGGAGGCUAAACGCCGUUGGGACUAUGAAAAUGAACUGGCUAAGGUAAGAAACUGUUACGAUGAGGAAAUUAUCAGUUUAAAGAACCAGUUUGAGACAGAAAUCAACAUCACCAAGACGACAAUCCACCAGCUUACUAUGCAAAAGGAAGAAGAUACCUGUGCCUACCGAGCCCAGCUGGACAAUCUUACCAGAGAAAACAGGAGUUUGUCUGAAGAAGUAAAGAGACUGAAGAACACUUUGGCUCAAGCCACAGAAAACCUGAGGAGAGUAGAAGAAACGGCUCAGCAGCAGAAAGCAAGUGGCUUGGAGAUCUCGCAGAAGAAAGUACAGUUGGAGAUAGAGCUGAAACAGGUUACGCAGAUGCGCUCUGAGGAGAGCAUGCGCUACAAGCAGUCCCUGGACGAUGCUGCCAAGACAAUUCAGGACAAAAACAAAGAGCUCGAGAGGUUAAAAAAGCUGAUAGAGACAGAAACAAGUCAAAGGAAAGCCCUGGAGGAUGAAAAUGCCAAAUUACAGAGGGCUCAGUUUGAUCUGCAGAAAGCAAACAGCAGCGCAACAGAAACAAUAACAAAACUGAGGAUUCAGGAGCAAGAGAUGACCCGAUUAAAAAUUGACUAUGAAAGACUUUCCCAGGAGAGAGUAGGGAAGGACCAGGAUAUUGCCAAAUUCCAGGCCUCUCUGAAAGACCUGCAGUUCCAAAAGCAGAAAGUGGAAGAGGAAUUGAACAGACUGAAGAAAACAGCGUCAGAUGAAUCCUCCAGAAGGAAAAAGCUUGAAGAAGAACUGGAGGGCAUGAGGAGGUCUUUAAAAGAGCAAGCCAUCAAAAUCACAAAUCUCACCCAGCAGCUAGAGCAGGCUUCCAUCAUGAAGAAAAAGAGCGAAGACGAUCUUCGACAGCACAGGGACAUUCUGGAUGGUCACGUGAGGGAGAAGCAGAGAACUCAGGAGGAGUUGAGGAAGCUGGCGGCUGAGGUCGAAGUCCUCCGGCGCCAGUUGCUCCAGGAGCAAGAAAAUGUUAAACAGGCUCACCUGAGAAAUGAGCACUUCCAGAAAGCGAUUGAGGACAAAAGCAAAAGCCUGAAUGAAAGUAAAAUAGAGAUCGAGCGGUUACAGUCCCUGACAGAGAAUCUGACCAAAGAGCACUUGAUGCUGGAGGAAGAGCUGCGGAACUUGAGAUUGGAAUAUGAUGACCUGAGGAGGAGCAGACGUGAAGCCGAUAAUGAUAAAAAUGUCACCAUUUCUGAACUCAGGAGCCAACUACAGACCAGCAACAACCGAACCUUGGAGCUUCAGGGGCUGAUAAAUGAUUUACAGAGAGAAAGGGAAAAUUUGAGACAGGAAAUUGAAAAAUUCCAAAAGCAGGCUUUAGAGGCCUCCAACAGGAUUCAAGAAUCCAAGAGUCAGUGUACUCAGGUGGUGCAAGAAAGAGAGAGCUUGCUGGUGAAAAUAAAAGUCCUAGAACAAGACAAGGCAAGGCUGCAAAGAUUAGAAGAUGAAUUAAACCGAGCCAAAGCAACAUUAGAAUCAGAGAGCCGGGUGAAACAGCGCCUAGAGUGUGAGAAGCAGCAAAUUCAGAAUGACUUAAACCAGUGGAAAAGUCAGUAUUCCCGCAAGGAGGAGGCCAUCAGGAAGAUUGAAUCGGAGAGGGAAAAGAGCGAGAGGGAGAAGAACUGCCUGAGGAGCGAGAUCGAGAGGCUUCAAGCAGAGAUCAAGAGGAUUGAGGACAGGUGCCGGCGCAAGAUGGAGGAUUCCAGCCGAGAAACCCAAUCGCAGAUGGACGCCGAGCGGUCCAGAUUGCAGAGGGAAAUCGAGAAACUGAAACAGCGCCCGUACGGAUCUCACCGGGAGACUCAGACCGAGGAUGAGUGGGCCAUUGACCCAUCCAAACUCAUGUUCGAUGGGCUGCGCAAGAAAGUGACCGCGAUGCAGCUCUACGAAUGUCAGCUGAUUGAUAAGACCACCUUAGACAAAUUGCUCAAGGGGAAAAAGUCGGUGGAAGAAGUUGCUUCUGACAUUGAACCUUUUCUCCGGGGUGCAGGUGCCAUUGCUGGGGCCUCAGCUUCACCCAAAGAUAAGUACUCUCUGGUGGAGGCCAAGCGGAAGAAACUGAUCUCCCCAGAGUCCACGGUCAUGCUCCUGGAGGCUCAAGCGGCCACAGGAGGGGUGAUUGACCCCCACAGGAAUGAGAAACUGACCGUCGAUAAUGCUAUCGCCCGGGACCUCAUCGACUUUGAUGACCGGCAGCAGAUCUACACCGCCGAGAAGGCUGUCACCGGCUUCAAAGAUCCCUUUUCGGGCAAGACGGUCCCCGUGUCCGAAGCUAUUAAGAAAAACCUGAUCGACAAGGAAACGGGAUUACGACUGUUGGAGGCCCAGAUUGCUUCUGGAGGGGUUGUCGAUCCUGUUAACAGUGUCUUCCUGCCGAAAGACAUUGCCUUGGCUCGAGGGCUGAUUGACAGAGAUCUGUAUAGGUCCCUGAAUGAUCCCCGAGACAGCCAGAAGAACUUUAUCGACCCCAUCACCAAAAAGAAGGUCAGUUAUAUGCAGCUGCGGGAGAGGUGUAGAAUCGAACCCCACACUGGCCUGCUCCUGCUGACCGUGCAGAAGAGAAGCAUGUCGUUCCAGGGCAUCCGGCAGCCUGUCACGGUGACAGAGCUGGUGAACUCCGGGAUCCUGAGGCCCUCCACCGUGAACGAACUGGAAUCCGGCCAGAUUUCUUUUGAUGAGGUUGGCGAGAGGAUAAAAGAUUUCCUCCAGGGCUCCAGCUGCAUAGCUGGCAUUUACAACGAAACCACAAAACAGAAGCUCGGCAUUUACGAGGCCAUGAAGAUUGGGCUGGUGAGGCCCGGCACGGCUCUCGAACUCCUGGAGGCCCAAGCGGCUACUGGCUUCAUCGUGGAUCCGGUUGGGAAUCAGAGGCUCCCUGUGGAAGAAGCCUACAAAAGAGGUCUCGUGGGCAUAGAGUUCAAGGAGAAACUUUUGUCGGCUGAACGGGCCGUCACGGGGUAUAAAGACCCGGAAACCGGAACCAUCAUCUCCCUGUUUCAGGCAAUGAACAAAGAGCUCAUCGAAAAGGGCCAUGGCAUUCGCCUCCUGGAGGCGCAGAUCGCCACAGGCGGGAUCAUCGAUCCAAAGGAAAGCCACCGCCUGCCAGUUGAAAUGGCCUAUAAACGUGGCUACUUCAACGAGGAACUGAAUGAAAUCCUCUUGGACCCUAGCGAUGACACCAAGGGAUUCUUUGACCCCAACACUGAAGAAAAUCUCACCUAUCUGCAGCUGAAAGAAAGGUGCAUGAAGGAUGAGCAUACAGGCCUCUGCCUUCUGCCCCUGAAGGAGAAGAAGAAGCAGGUCCAGACGUCCCAGAAGAACACACUCAGGAAGCGCCGAGUCGUGAUUGUGGAUCCCGAAACCAACAAAGAGAUGUCCGUGCAGGAGGCCUACAAGAAGGGCCUCAUCGAUUACGAGACUUUCGUGGAGCUCUGCGAGCAGGAGUGCGAGUGGGAGGAAAUAACCAUUACUGGAUCGGAUGGCUCUACGAGGGUGGUCUUGGUCGACAGAAAAACAGGCAACCAGUAUGAUAUCCAAGAGGCUAUUGACAGAGGGCUUGUGGACAGAAAAUUUUUUGAGCAGUACCGUUCCGGCAGCCUCAGCCUCACUCAGUUCGCCGAUAUGAUUUCUAUCAAGAAUGGGGGCGGGGUUGGGGGUGGUGGGGGCGGAGAUGAAGUUUUCAGCAGCUCUCGGCAUGAGUCGGUCAGCAAGUCCUCCAGCAUAUCUAGCAUCCGGAAUUUAACCAUCAGAAGCACCUCUUUAUCUGACCCUCUGGAAGAACUCAGUCCCAUUGCAGCCAUCUUUGACACCGAAAACCUGGAGAAGAUUUCCAUUUCGGAAGGCAUCCAGCGGGGCAUCGUUGACAGCAUCACCGGUCAGAGGCUUCUAGAAGCUCAGGCCUGCACCGGAGGCAUCAUCAGUCCCACCACGGGUCAGAAGCUCUCUCUCCAAGAUGCGGUCUCCCAAGGCCUCGUAGACCAAGACAUGGCCACCAGGCUGAAGCCGGCCCAGAAAGCUUUCGUCGGUUUCGAGGGGGUGAAGGGCAAAAAGAAGAUGUCAGCAGCAGAGGCGGUGAAAGAAAAAUGGCUGCCCUAUGAAGCAGGUCAGCGCUUCCUGGAAUUUCAGUACGUUACCGGAGGCCUCGUCGAUCCGGAGAUGAAUGGAAGAAUAAGCACCGAAGAGGCCAUCCGAAAAGGCUUGAUCGAUGGCCGGGCGGCUCAGAAACUGCAAGACACAAGCAACUACGCUAAAAUUCUCACCUGCCCUAAAACCAAACUGAAAAUAUCCUACAAAGAUGCCAUGAACCGGUCCAUGGUGGAGGACAUCACCGGGCUGCGCCUGCUGGAAGCAGCGUCCAUUUCCUCCAAGGGCUUGCCCAGCCCCUAUAACGUCUCUUCGGCUCCAGGCUCGCGCUCCGGCUCGCGUUCUGGUUCGCGCUCCGGUUCCCGCAGCGGAUCCAGGAGGGGAAGUUUUGAUGCGUCUGGAAAUUCUUCAUAUUGUUAUUCCUACUCAUCCUUUAGCAGCAGCUCUAUCGGCCAUUAGUCCUCAGCGGGGCAACGGUCUCUGAAACCUAUCUUUACUUAGAUGAAUCGCUCCACUUUUAUUAAAUAAAAAGAGAGAAAUAAAAACCUAACGUUUGUGGUGGCAAUACUGUAACUUGCUUUGGGGUGAUGGCUUACUGGAAAACAAAAGCCAUGCUCAGAAUCAAAUAGUAAAUGCUUUUCUGGCUGUUUAUCCAAAUCCUAGGAGCUUGAGGGGGAACUGUAUAGGUAGAGUUAAUCAAUUGUAAGAAAAAGCACAAAUUGUGAUUUUUAAGUUUUUUUUCUUUUGUUUAAUAUUUGGAUUUUUGAUUAAUUCUGAAUUUUCUUUUUUGCAGCUAUCACACAGAGCUGCCUGGGAGGGGGCAGGUAACUAAGGAGCUAAUUAAAAAUUUUAAAGUCCUAGUCAAUCCUAAUUUUUUUCUUUAUUGUAUUGGGGGGGGGCGGGAAGCUUGAGUAUCUUUUUGUUUUUAAUUUUUGAAUAUCGGAUAAACCUAAAAGGAAACCCUUCAUUUUCUUCCAUAUGUACUUAAGUCAGUUAUAACUCGGCAAUAAGUGGGUGGUACUGAUAGCCUUCGCUUUUUUGUCACUGGCCAAAGUCUUCUGUUUAUUUUGCUUGUUCCUUUUCCAUGUAAUCUUCAAAAGGGGUCUGUGUUUGCUAUUGUGGCAAUAAACUUUUAGACUUUUAAUAG